AUGUCGCGUCCCGAGUUCUCCGGACCGCCGGAAUUGUUCUACAAUGAGACGGAAGCCAAGAAGUAUGCCGGCAACAGUCGUAUGAUGGAGAUUCAAACCGAAAUGGCCGCACGAGCGGUCGAAUUAAUGGCGUUGGCCGACCCGGAAACCGCUUUUAUCCUCGACAUUGGAUGUGGCUCCGGAAUAUCCGGUCAAUACCUCACUGACGAAGGCCUCUCUUGGAUGGGAAUUGACAUCAGCGCACCCAUGCUGGAGCAGGCUAAGGAGUACAUGGAGGUGGAGGAGGAUCUGAUCUUGGGCGACAUUGGAAAUGGCCUUCCGUUCAGACCGGGGGUUUUCGAUGGGGCCAUCUCAAUUUCAGCUAUUCAAUGGUUGUGUCAUGCGAAUAGAUCAGAUGAGAACCCGGCGAAGAGAUUGUUGACGUUUUUCCAAACACUUUUUGCAAGCUUAGUAAGUAAUUUACAUUUUUUCUUGAUGUUUAGGUAUCAGUUGUAUUAUCCAUGGAAAAAAUGAGGGUAAAUUGAAGGAUUUUGAACCUCAUUAGCACAUAGGAUGGUUAGUCAUUCUAUUAUUUGUGCUGUAUUUGGGGAAUUUUGUGUUGGACAAAAAAUAUAACGAGUUUGGGAUCUCGAUGGUAUCCUUGCCAAAAGUUAUUGUAUUUUUAAUAAACAUGGGUGAAGUUUAGAAUCAAUAGCUUUCUUAUGAUGCGAUUGUUUAGUUUUUAUUAUACUCGGGGCAUUUUGAAAUUAUAGUCCUUGAUUUUUCUCGAUUUCCUUUUUUUAUCCCAUGGAUAAUAUAAAAUCCUUUGAUUUUUGAAUUUCCAGUUUUUUUCAUUUGUCUGAAAACGUCUAUCAUGACUCUUUCAGUCCAGCGGAGCCCGUGCUGUCUUCCAGUUUUAUCCAGAGAACCCAGAACAAGCCGAGUUGAUCUGCCAACAAGCCAAUAAAGCCGGUUUCAGCGGGGGCCUAGUUGUUGACUUUCCCGAGAGCACUAAAGCCAAGAAAGUGUAUCUUGUAGCGAUGACAAGUGGUAUUCAACGUCUACCGAAAGCCUUGACUGGCGAUGAAGAUGCAGCCCCGUCUCAUGUUGAUAAUACUGGAAGAAGGUAGGCUAAUUUUCAAUAUUUUUAUUUCUGAUGUUUAGGACGUUUAAUACUGGACGAAAAGUGGAUAAAAAAUUGAUUCCCGGGACUAGAGAGUGGGUCGAAUGGAAGAAACAGAGGCAACGAAAUCGAGGACGAGAAGUGAAAAACUCGUCAAAAUACACUGGAAGGAGAAGAAGAAAGUUCUAAAAAGCAUGUUUUAUAUGUCAUUGUUAUUUGUUCAUUGUUAUCAACAAGGAUUUUCUACUUUUUGGAUGUUGUACUAGCCCAAUAUUUGAUGAUUUUUGGGGUCAAUGUCAAAAAAUUCCGCGCUGAUUUUCAAUUUUUGCUCCCUAUGUUUUAUAUUUUGGGUCAUAUUACUCGUAUUGUUGCGCGAAUGCAGAAACAGUUGGAUCCCCCCACUUUUUGAGGGCCCUUUUUGAGCCGGAAAAAUAAAAAAGAGGUAAAAAACCUUCGAGAAAUCACCGUUUUUUGGCUGGAUUUGCGAUGGAUUGGAGCCUGUGAAGCCCGCUUCAAAAACAAUUUUGUCGAGUUUGCGGUCAUGUCACAUCCAUUGUUAUGGUUUUUGCUAUGUUUUAUUAGUCACGGCGUCUGUAUUCAAAUCCAAAUCAGCAAAGGAAAAGUGGAGGGGGAAGAGGUUGAGGUGAAUGGGGAAGUUGUCAAUGUGUUCAAGGUGAGAAAUUGUUGAAAAAAUGAUGAUUUAUGAUAGGAAUUAUAUCAGAUUUUGAUGGAAUUGGACGCAAAUUUAAAAUUUUAUUUUCCAAGGCAUAUAAAUGAGAUUUUUUGAUCGAAAAUGGACAAAAAUUUCGAUUUUUUUUUAAAUUUGGACAUGGAAUUUUCUGUCUCGAUAAGAAAUGAGGAUAAAUUGCUCCAUAAAUAUUGAAAAAAUCAAUUUUUUUUUGAAAAACAAUCGAAUUUUUUGUCCAUUUUCGAUCAAAAAAAAGUUUUUCGCCCCUUUCUAUUAGUCUGUAGGGAAAAUAAUGUGGAUUCGGUCUUCCUUGCGUUAUAACCGGCCAUCAUCGCUUUGCAACGGCUAGCCGUGGCUGGAGAUUUGCUGCGUCGAUACAUUUUGCUGCGAAAAAUCCACAUUAUUUUCCCGACAGACUGAUAUCUAAAACUUUUUUUUGCAAUAUGCUUUUCAAGGGCUUUCGAAUGACCUAUAGCACAUGUUAUUCGGGGCUGAAUAGUGUGUGCAAUUGGCCAGAAAAUCUACUCUAAAUUUGUGCCAGGUUUCGUCCAAAAUAAAAAGUUUUGAUUUUUGAUACUUUUUGAUCUUUUUUCCACACAAAUUCCCACAAAUUUCACUUUUACAGUCUAUUCCAUAUGCGGAGCCUCCGAUCGACGAUCUCCGAUUCAGACGGCCGUUCGAAGUCGGCGAUUGGGAUGGUGUUUUCGACAGUAACGAAUACAUGUCCCCAUGUCCCAACGGCUUCAAUCCAGAGUCGGCCAAGAAUAUCAGCGAGGACUGUCUUUAUUUGAGCGUUUUUGCCGAUCAGAAAUGUUUGGUGAGUAAAAAAAAAGUUGUUCAUCUGUUUGUAGCGAAACCAAAAGACCAAAAGAAAAAUUGUUUGUUAUAGAAAAGUUUUGUUGUACGAUGGGUUAAUCUUGGCUCAAGAUUGGAUCUUGUGACUCUCGAAAUUCUCCGUUAUAGGCAGGUUUUGUCGUACCACUUUAAAUGAAGCGUCCGUACAAGGAAACCUGUAUAAAGCGAAAGUUUUGAGCUCUAGUGAUGAUUAUUAGGCCCAAAAAACAAAGCUUCGUACAGUGAAACCCUUCCAUAAGGAAUAAAGUUUUGGGCCUCUUGCGGUUGCAUAUAUACACAUAGGUUCAAAUUUCAAAAGAAACUCGCUGUACUAUCAGUCUGUCGGGAAAAUAAUGAGGACAUCGUUGCAGCGCCGAUCGCAUCGCUGAAGAGAAAAGGAAUUUAAUUUUGCCGCGACCAAGAUAAUUUUCCCGGCGGCGAUGCGAUUUUAUAUGCGACAGAGUGGUCAUUAUUUUAUCGACAGACUCGUCAAAACUUUUCGACCCAUCUAAUACCUUAAAAAUCCAUGUUUAGAACACUUCGUGCCCAGUCGUAUUUUUCGUCCAUGACCUUAUCGGUCAGCCAAUGUCUUCAGGCGACUUCAGCGAACUUGAAGUCGCCCAAAAAUUUGCCUACGAUGGAAUUGUCUUUGUCCGUCCAAAUUAUCGAAUGGGUCUUUUGGGCUUUUUGGAUUUGGGCGAGGAUCUGGACGAAGCGCCCUAUAAUGUGGGGCUUCACGGUAAGGUUUUGAAAAAUCAAUUUUGCGUUUUACGUCGCGGCAAAAAGUCCUUGGAGUUCAAAUUUUGCAGCUCCGGCUCCGAAUUCCGGCCCCGUGCAAAAAUUUUAAAAAAAUAUUUUUUCCAAAAAUAAAAGUUAUUAGUGCCACAGAUCAUAAACCCAACGUUUUUGCGGCCAAUUCGUAUGCAACACAUCAUUCCCAGUAUUUUUCAAGCAAUUUGGUUUAACAAGACCACGAAAUUUUUACUUUUCUGAACGCUGAGAAACCUGGCUCCGACUUUGGGCUCGGGAGCCGGACCCAAAAUUUCCGGCUUCGGCUCUGGUCCCGGCUCGGAGCCGCUAAAAGCCGGAGCCAGGUUCGGAGUGCGAUGGAAUUUGGGGGCUGCGAAAAUUUCAAGGACUUUUUGCCGCGACUUAUCAUUCUGUCGGGAAAAUAAUGAGCACUAUGUCGCCGCGCCGAUCGCGUCGCUGAAGUGGAAAGCAAUUUGAUUUUGAGACGACGAAAAAAACACAUUUUUAAUUCCACAGGGUGCUCAUUAUUUUCCCGACAGACUGAUAUGCAUAUUAUCAUAGACAACCAUUUCUGUUAUCUUCUCGGUCAUUUUUUUGGCAAAAACAAACCCUUUGUGUGGCCCAACCCACUUCAAUUAACUGCUUCUUGAUGUUUAGACCUUCGCCUCGCCCUUCAAUUCGUGAAUCGAGAGAUCCGCGCGUUCGGCGGUGAUCCCAAUCGAAUCACCAUAUUUGGCUCUUCGUAUGGGGCUGAUUUAUCAGUCCUGUUGUUGAACUCACCAAAAUUCAGAGAGAUCCCAAUUAGUCAAGGGAUUUUGUUCAGUGCAAUGCCCAGUAUUGGAGGUGGUCAUAGUUUGAAUGCGACCAAAAAAGUGCUGGAGUUGUUGAAGGUAAGUCAACAGGGCUUCGAAAGAUGAAUAAAUUUGUAAAAUACGACUGCAAAGCAGGAUCCGUCAGUAAAAAAACGAAAUGUUCCAUGCGAAUUUUGGCAAACAUAUGUAUAAGAGUUUUUCGGGAAAAUAAUGAGCACUCUUUAGCAGCCAAAAUCUCAUAGCGUCGCAGCCGAGAGAAUGAAUUACGGAGCAGCAAAAUCAAAUUGCUUUUCACUUCAUCGAUGCGAUCGGUACGACGACAUUGUGCUCAUUAUUUUCCAGACAGACUGAAAUAGCCAAAAACUGCUCUUCUGUCUAACCGCCCUCCGCGUUUUGCAUCCUCUCUCUCGCAAAAGUCGUUGGAUAUCUCGGCUGCCCCUGCAAAGCACGAGCUAAAACUUUCAGGAAAUCAUAUCUGGCCUAUGCCAAAUAUGUGAGCAAAAUUUAACGAAAAUCCGAGGGCCUCAUUUGGGGGCGUUUUUCGGGUCAACACAAAUUCGAUCGAUACGGGGUGUAGGGCAGGUGUCUGCCCAAAAAAAGAUUGUAGGAAGUGCCUACGAGACCUGGCGAAGCCGGCAAAAACAAAGACCCGUAACUUUUUUAUCUUGAUAUAAGGCGCGUGCGUUCUACUUCCCUUCGGACUUUCUCGCAGAAAACCCGCAUUUCUUGUCUGUGGGCCCGCUAGACAAGAAAUGCGCAAUUCUUGGCUGAGCAGAGAAAAAAAGAAAAAAAAACUUCACGGGGAGAGAGCAGAAAAUUGCGCAAUAUUGCGCAAUGUUACGCAAUUUUAGACAAGAAUUGCGCGUUUCUUGUCUAGCGGGCCCACAGACAAGAAAUGCGGGUUUUCUGCGAGGAAGUCCGAAGAGAAGUAGAACGCACGCGCCUUAUAUUAUUGAUGUGAGUACAUGUAAAAUAGCUCAAAAUAGGUGAUAAGCUAUCCUAGGGCUCAUCAAUCUUAUUAUUCCUACUGGCUAAGGCUUCCGCUGGCCUCCCCCAUGCAUACACGACGAAUCGACGCGAUCCAGAGUAACGUUAACCCGAAUUGUCGUUGACCCGAAAAGUCGUAGCGCGCACUUGCAGUACUUCCCUCGUUAUUAUAGCUCCAUCACACGUCAAUCCAAAAUAGACGAAAAAAAUUCCCGCCCCUUUUUGGUGAUUCGUUCAAAACGAAAUGUCACUAUCCGAUAAAAAACAUUUUCUUAUUUUCGGCUUCAUUUUCUUCUUUUAGUGCGAUUUCGAUUCGGAUCAAGUCCCCUUGACUUCCGCGGGCUCUUUGGCGUGCCUCAACAACAAGUCCAGCGAGGAAAUCGACGCCGCUGUUUUCAAAGCCAAAACCCCGGAGACUUAUUGGGGACCGAGGUUCGACCAAGACCUAUUGCCCGCCAACGACCAGCCCCAACUCCGAGAACUCUGGCGACCCUUGCCGCUGCUUUUAAUCAUCAACGCUCCGGAUUCUGAAGACAAAAGCUCCAAGAAACCUACGGAAUUCGAGGUUGAGGAGUCUUGUGAGACCGCGUUGCCAGUCUUUGGAUAUUACUCCAACUCCAGUCUCCAAGAAUGCAUCGAAUAUUAUACGAAUAAUGGGAAGAACAGCCUGACGGACGCUCAGUAUGCGUUCACAGUAAAUUUGGCCAGAAUGAACACGGCCAAGGGAGGCGACAGUUAUAUUGGAGUGAUUGGGGAGAAGGUCGAAUUGGAGGAUGAUGUAAAGUAAGAUAGGUUGAUUGAGGAAGUAGAAUUUGUAACUGAUUCAAAAGCCCGCAAAGCCAAUUUGCUCUUAGGAAUAACGGGUUAAAUUUCGAUUUGAAAAUCAUGUUUAAUCCGAAGCACUUCAGGUUCCUAAUCGUCAACGCAUCGGAAGCCGAGAACGAUGAGGAAUCACAGAUUGUCAACCGCUACAACGAAAAGAUUCGACGUUUUAUCAAAGGACUUGAUGGAGGUAGGCGUUGUAAACCAAGAGGCUCCUCAAGCGGACAGGCCCCCAAAAUUGUUAUACGAUGAAAAAAGUUUUUGCAAAAUCAAAAAAUAGAGUGACACGUUUAAAGCCCUGAUACGAUGAAAAAAUGUUACAAGGAAAGUACUUCUAUGGGGUGUGGAAUUACCGGUCGAGAUAUAUAUCAAAAAAUUCGCAAAAAUUUUCUGAUUCAGAAUAUAUAUAAAUUAGCUGCCUAAUUUUGGUCUGAUGACAUGUUUUUGUCCUCAGAAGUUUUCUCGCGACACCAUGCAAGUGUCUUUUUGACCGUGUUUUUACCAAUAAAAAAAUUUUGUUUUGUGCUAAACUAAAUUCUGAAGCCUUGGCAAGCCUUAAAAUAUCAAAUUGGAUUACAACUACACCUUAAAAGUAGUUCCAACGUAAAAAAUGGGUUCUAAUGUGGCAAAAAGAACCGAACCCGUUUCCCUCGGAUUUCCAACCCAGCGCUCUAACCACUCGGCCACACCGCUCUCUUCCGAAGGAAGAGACCGAGCGCGCUUUUGUUGCCGCAGAUUUUUUUCCUCGAGAAAAAGAUUUAUUGAAAAAACUCGCUGAUAGACCAAAAUUAGGCAGCUAAUUUAUAUAUGUUCUGAAUCAGAAAAUUUUUGCGAAUUUUUUGAUAUAUAUCUCGACCGGUAAUUCCACACCCCAUAGAAGUACUUUCCUUGUUAGCAAAAUGAAAAGAUAGGGUGACAUGUUAUACGAUGAAAAAAUUUCUAUAAUGAAAAAAUAGAGUGAGCCGUUAUAUGAUGAAAAAAUUUUAGCAAAAUAAAAAGAUAGGAUGACAUGUUAUACGAUGCAAGUUUUUUGAAUUUAACUUGUUGAUGGUGGUAAAUUGAAGUAAUCAUACGGCGAAAAUUCAGUGGAAGCGACAUGUUAUACAUGACGUACCCUAUUUUUUCAUUUUGCAAUUUUUUUUUCUUUAUAUAACAUGUCACCUCUCUUUUUUUUUUAAAAUUUUUUUACAAAUUUUUUCAAAAAGAGGCCUCUUCGUUUUGGGGGUCUAUGUAAAAUGUAAAAUACACUUUAGACUGGACGACCUCCGAUUGGCAUGGCGCAGGUUACUAUCUGUUCGAUUUUCCUCGGCCGACCGAAAAUGCGACCGAUUUCGUUGGCGGCAUCAUGAUAAACGACUCGUAUUUUAACGAGCCCGCCAUCAAAUUUUGGCUCAACGACUUGGCCAUUGAAGAGGCCUCUGAGUCUGAGGAAGAGGAGACCAAAAUUAUCCCGCCUCCAGCAGAAAAUGACGAUAAUGAUGAUCAAAAUGAGGAAGACAACCGCGAAACAUCUGAAUCGUCAGCGAAUUCGGUGAAAGCAACGACCAAAUUCGGUCAUAUUGGCGCCUAUUCGGAUACAAAGACAUUGGCAGAGAGGGAGCUGGAAGUGGAAACGGUUUGGAUGCUGUUUUCCAUAAUUUUAGUCGCCGCAAUCGCUCUGGCUUUAUUGGUAAUCGUGUUGUGCUUGUGCUUGUUGAAGGAGAAACGAGGUCGUCGAAGAGUUUAUCGACCAAGUCCGGUGAAAUUUAUUCAGUCAUAAACUUCAUUGAUACGCAUUUUGAUUGCAAUAAAUAUUUGUUUUGGAAUGGAAGUUUGAAAUUUCAUUUCCCACGCGCAGAAAAUCCAUAUUAUUUUCCCGACAGACCGGUAUGAAAAUACUACAAUUUAUUAUUAUAGUCUGUCGGGAAAAUAAUGAGCAUUCUGUGGCUGUGGCCAUCGCAUCACUGACGUGAAAAAAAUGCAAUUUGAUUUUGUCCCGACACAAUUCAUUUUCUCGGCGGCGAUGCGAUUUUCCUUGCGACAGAAUGCUCAUUAUGUAUUUUCCCGACAGACCUAUAAUCCAUUUUGCACGGUGCGGGUGGCUGUUGCUGCCGCAUGGUCGCGUUGACGUAGCAUGGCAGCACAGGGAGUCCUGCUCUCUGGGACUUUUUUUUGUGAAUUGCGACACUUCGUUUGGACGAAACGCAAAGUCGGCGGGAGACAUUUUUGCAAAAAAUUUUUUUUGUCUGUCCUGGGUUGCCGUGCGUAGCGGCCAAUUUUCUAUCUCAAAGUUCGCUGAAAAAUGGUCGGGCUCAGCUUGGAAAACAAGCCUGGAAAAAUGAAAAUUUUCUAUAUGUAUUUAAAAAACACUUUUUUAUCGUUAUGAGGUAACUUGUGCCUGGGCUGGCCUCGAUUGUUUUGCAAAGUUUUCAGCUAACUUUCAGAUAUGAAAUUUUCGUUGGGCUGUGGCUUCAUUGUAGCCAGAAUUGACAAAUUUUUAUUAGUCUGCCGAGAAAAUAAGAGCACAAAGUCCCUGCGCCACUCGAGUUGCUGAACUGAAAAGCAAUUUAAUUUUGCCGCGACCCCAUUCAUUUUACUUUCCCGACAGAAUGAUAUGGAAAUUCGACGUCAUGAAGCCGUUGUAUUCCACGUCUUGCACACAAAACCAAACCAACUAUGAGUCAGUUUCCAUUUGUCCAAUUCAUUUAUUACAUAAUAAGCCAUUUAUAACAAUACAUGCCAAUUGAUCGAACGCUGUGAUAUUUCAUACCGCCGAUACGUUAUAUAAACAAUCUUAAUGUUACUGAUUUCCUCGUCAUUAUAAGAAUUAUGGAAAUAAAAUCUGUGGCGAUUGUAGUUGAAAGCUCAGAAAAAUUGCGUUGAAAGGAGGUAGGUCUCAAAUCACCCGAAAUUAUUGUUGAUUAUACCGGUUUUUGGGCUGAAAGAAAAUGAAUGGAAAGGUCACUGUUUUCUUGAAGUCAUCCGGCCACAUGGAUUGCUCUGGAAGCUCAGUGCCACAGGGAUUACAGCCCCAGCUCGGCUCAAAGUCCAUCGGCUCUUCAGAAGGUAAGUCCGGAAAGUUGUGGCUGCCAUCGUCGCAGUAGACGGCCAAAUCGUUUUUAUCAUCAAAAUCAGGGUCGCUAGGCGUGACGACGUCUUGUGGAAAAACUGGAGGCUCCUGGAGCGGGAGAUCUUCGAGAAAUCGAAGGAGAAGCCAGCAUGAGCUUGAGGAAUCAUUGGUUGAAACGCGAGAUUGAUUUAUUUCGCCGUCAUUUUCCUUGUCUUUGGCUGGGCAGGAAAAUUCUGACCAAACUGAAGAUAUUGACAACUUCUCAAAGUUUUCUGUGACAUCCAACGCAGUAUCUGCUAAAAAACACAUAGGAAAAAGGUUGCCAUAGACUUUUAGCUCAUUAAAAAGCUUUUUUUUCAGUCUGCCGGGAAAAUAAUGAGCACAAUGUUACAUCCAAUAACCGCCGAGAAAAUGAAUUUUGUCACGAGUGCCCAGUAUUUUCCCGACAUACAGCUACCGUACUAGAGCUACUGUAAAAAAGCCGUUUCUCAGCAAGUACUAGGCGGGUAUAAAAUCAGCAAGUACUAGGCGGGUAAAAAGUUCUUAACUUGGCUUUGCAUCGUGCGUGCGCCAUUGCGAGGUGGCUUGGCUUUGCGCAGCCUCUUCAGAAAUCGCUUUGCACUGUACUACUAGUCGCGGCAUAAAGUCCUGACACAUUUGCACAGUGCAUUUUGUUUUUCUUUCGGACCCGUUGCGGUAAUUCCCCGUUUUUGCACUAGCGACAUGCACUUUCGCGCGAGCCACUCCAAUUUUCUCGCGCGACACCCGCGACGAAUUGUGUCAGGACUUUAUGGCGCGACUAGUACGUGGUUGGCGUGGACUGUGACCUUUUGGCAGAGAAGUGAUACUACUCUCGGAUAAUGGUUCAAUUGCAGAUUCAAUGCCCGUCAUUGGUUUAGAACACAUAACGCAUAGGCUCAAGAGUUUGCGCAUACGUAUGAGAAACUUAUAAGUCAAAACUUUUUCGUACCUUCCUCAUAACUGUCGUGAAUUACAUCACAGUCAACGAUUUCGAAAUCCAUCUCCAUGUCCAUGUUGUUGAAUGGGUACACGUUUGAUCUUGGACUGUAUUGGACUGAGGGGUUGGGAACAGAACUUCUCAUAAAUGAAUUUCGCAACGCCUUUUUUGACCCCGUUAAACUUGUUUCCGACUCUGCAAACCAUGAGUCAAAUUUGAUACAUGUUCUUGAAGAUUUUUUUUUAUUGUAUCCUUGUGAUUCAUUACCGUAUGACCAGCGGGAAAACUAUUAGUAAUCGCCUGUUUGUGUCAGCCAAUUUUUAAUUUUUUUUCUUCAUAGCCAAAAUUGAAAUACAAUAAAUCGCCUCGUCGCAGAUGCGCACCAAAUCUCGAGGCGCGGCUGGCCAUCGCAGAGCGAUGAUGGGUUCAAGGCGCGACCGGUCCAAAUCAAUUUUUUUUUCCGGCAGACUGAUAUUUCUGUUGUCUUACUGGGCUUUUUCAAACGUGCGUAGACUUUUUGUCAGCCUGUUGUAAAAUAACGGCUGGUCGUUGCAGUAAAACCUUUCCCUUUGUCAAAAAAAUGUUGCAGUCGCGCAAGCAAAUCUCCAGAUGCGGCUAGCCGUCGCAAAGCGAUGAUGGGCGACUUCAAGGCGCGACCAAUCCAAAUUAUUUUCCCGACACGCUGAUAUUGCGGCGUAUAAGGCAUUUUGCCCUUUUUCUCACACGCACUGUGCACUUUCCUGGUUUUCGCACAGUAUGUUUGAAAAAAGGGAAAGAGUGUGAAAAGUGAAAUGCACUAUGCAAAAUGGAGUUUUAGCAUUUCGACAAAAGGUUUAUGCACUUUUCAAAAAUCGUAGUAUUCUUUUAUAUCAGUCUAUCGGGAAAAUAAUAAGCACUUUUUAGCAUUAAAAGGUCGCGGAAAAAUCAAUUUUCUUUUAUAAACACGAUCGCCGCAGCAACACUGUGCUCAUUAUUUUCCCGACAGAAUAAUAUUUUAUUUUAUACAAAUAUUACUAAUAUUUAUGUAUUUUUCUGAAAAUCCAGUUCUUGGGGACAAAAUUGAAACAGAACAGGAACAUUUUUGUCAUCUAUGUUGUUAAUUACACAUGAUAACAGUUGAAUUUCAUAGACAAAUAUGCAUAAAAAAGUUUAUUCAAGGUCUAAAGCUUUUACUCAGAACCCAUAAAGCGCUAUAACCCGUAAAUUUUAAUUGAAGAUACCAUGUCCACCGGUAUUAUACAUUUUGGUUACUUUCCCCAGCAGUGAUAGCAGAAGCACACAUCAAAGUUGAGACGAUCAUCUGUAUCAUGAAUUUUGGGACGGAAAGACCGACAAUAGGCAGUGUAGCAACAGUGGAGACAAAAGCAAGCGCCAAUAAUGAAAUGCUUAUAGUGACUGGGAAUAUACAGGGAUUUUGGUGGGUAUCGAGGACCAGGCUGGCAGAAAGUGUCAUAGUCUAUGUAGUCAAAAAAGUUGGCCACGUUGAAACAACCGUUAGUUUUUGAUGUAGAUCUUGCGUUAUUGUAGAUUGAAGAAGAACUUGUGCAAUUUUCAUCUUCCAACUGGCUCCACAGAAGAUGAGAAUGCGGUCUUUCGGAUAUGGCGCUGCUUCUGCCACUUGGCGGAUGGCUUAGGAGAGACCAGGGACUGUCGUUUGUGCUUCGAAACCCGCUCGAAGUACCGUGUGAAACGGGGCUAUCAGUUUGAGAAAAUCUCUUUUGAUAAAGGAGUAAUGUUGCAUCGUCUUGUCGCUGCUGAUUUGUCGUGAGUGGGAGGUCAUCUGAAAGAUAAAUUGAUUAAAAUGAUCACCGUGACAGUUGGAGUUAUCUAAUGUUAGGAAGUGUGUAACUUUUAGAAAUUGUCCAAUACACGAUCCAUAUUUUGAUGGGACUCUUCGAACCAGUAUCGGCUCUCGGGAAAGUAAUGAGCACAAACCAAAAUGCCGCGCCAAGAGCGUUGCUAAAGUCAGAAGCAAUCUGAUUUUCUCGCGACAUUUAUUUUCUCCGCGGCGAUGCGAUUUUCAAUGCGACAGAGUGGUCAUUCCUUUCCCGACAGCCUGAUGCACUAUUCUCUCUUUUUUUUUCAAAUUUUGCCUCGAAGCCGCGCUGUGCAAAAACUCCCAUUUUGCACCGUCAACUUCGCCGCUUUGAUGUUUCCGAAGCGAUUCCGCGCGGUGGAUGAAAAUGCAUAGUGCAAGAUAUAUUUGAAAAGGCACCAUGCAAAAAAGGGCAAAAUGGACUGCUCGGCGCGACGAAAAAAACUAUGCAGUUUUGGGAAAGCCAAGUGACUAUGUCACAAUGUUAUAUAGCACAUUGUGACUUCACUAGCUAUUUAUUUGUAAAUCUGGUGUAGAUUUUCACUCACUUGAUUUGGAAAACAUCCUCGACGCAUUGGCACGAUCAUUUUCAGAAUCAGUAGCAAAGGGCAAAUCUCCCCAGGCUUUCAGAUUCUCUCGAUUAAAAAAGUUGUCCAUGGCGGUCUCAAGAAAGCUGUAGGGAAAACAAGCGAAUGUCUGAGUGUCUAAAAUCUGACUUUAAAAGGUGUUUCGAAAUGUUUAUACCCCCUCUGGGCGUUUGAGAAAAGCGAGUUACAAGAAGAGCAGCCAAUCAGAGACCAGCUAAAAAUUUCUUUUUUUGCUUCGAACUGCUGAUUCAUAAGCUUUGAGGGGAAAAUGCUUGGAUAAUGAUUUUACAUUCUCAAAAAAAAAAAGAAAAAAGAAACGUUUUGGUCUUUCGAACUGUAAGUUUUCGAUAUUUGUCAUCCCAUAGAGGCGCAAUAUCGAUUAUGCGCAGCUAUCAGUCUGUCGGGAAAAUAGUGGCGGGGUCCUCAACGCUUGCUAUCGCCCAUCAUUGCUUUGCGUGGUAAGCCGCAGCUGUAAACUUGGCAAUUGCCCGCGAUGUCGCGUAUAUCAUAUUUUAACCCCAGAAAAUUUUCGCAUGCAUUUUGCAGGGACAACCGAGAUAUUAAAAACGAUCUUUUGCGAAAUUUUGAAUGAAAUAUGACAUAUACGCGGCCUAGGAGUCCCGCGUCUGUAUGUAGCCGUUUGUCGAGAAAAUAAUGAGCAUUUUGACGCACCGGAAAACGCGUCACACCUGAGAAAAUGAAUUGUUUCGUGGCGAAAUCAAAUUGCUUUUCAAUUGAGCGAUAUUGCGCUCAUUAUUUCCCCGACAGAGCUGUAUUAGAAGCAUGUUUUCUUGUGCCAAAUAUCAUCAAAAUUUGAGCUGUUCUCCUACAUAUUAGGUGGCCGUUCCCCAGUUUAACCAGUCUAUUUUGUAUUUUAAGAUUCAUUGUUCACACUAAAACCACCGUAAUCAGAUUGUUGAACCCACCAAAGAUAGCUAAUAUAAUUUCCGUUUCGACACUAUUUCCAUGCGACUUGUUCGGGCUUGUCACAGUGACGUUCGUCUUGUAAUCUUAGCCAAUUUAUUAGCAGUUGCUUUGCCAAUUACGGGUUCUAAUGUGGCUCCUUCAAAAUGCACAAAAUUUCGACAUGUACUAACCCAGUUAUAGUCUUUCGUUAUAUCAAUUACAGCUUUUACACAAGCUUUCCGAUUACCUAGUUAUGCACGGAAAAACACUCCCGGCAAAAUGUUGGCCAGAGAUCUGUACCGAAUCUACUCGGUAAUCGUAAUGAUUAUGUCGAUUAUAUUGUGCACUCUUGUCCUAGUACUAUCGUACAAACUUCAUCGACAAAAUAAACAGCGGGAUUAUGCGUGGAUUUUGGGCUUUAGUAUCUUUAUUGACCUACUGUAUUCGAUUGCAUUGGGGAAUGCGAUGAUGGUAGGUUGGAACUGGGGGUUAUUGGCGAAUGUCUCAACUAGGAAGACAUUCAGCGUGCCAGGGGUGUAUUCAGAGUUCGAGCGAAACUUCAUUUUAUAUGUAUUUACAAGGGAAGGCUAUCAAGUGCGAUGCGCGGUCAAACUGAGAUAAGCUAAAACAGUCAGGAAUGGAUUGCCGAUUAGCCAAAAAAAAAAGACUUACAGGGUGACCCAAAAUAACGGAGACAAAAGAUUUCCCGUUUUUUCUGCGGCCUAUGAAGAUUCAUGAGUGAUUCCUUAUUUAUACUACAGUACCACGUUAGUGUAGUUUUAUAUACCGGAAGUUUUGUUGUACGACGCUCUUGUGCCUUGAACCACAUCAAUAUAUCCGGUUGACCCGGACCUUUCUGCCCGUGGGGUCUUUUUGCAAGAAAGCUGCCUUACUCAAAAAAGAAAAUUCGGAAUAGUUUGAGAUUUGCUGUGCUUAAUUAUCAUAAUAUGGCCUUUAAAACGAGCCAUCGUGCUAUGCUCAACUAUCGAUGGUUCAAAAGUUACAGCCGAUUAUUUUCAGGGAGUUGAAGUGCAAAAAUCGGCCUUUUUUGAAAAUGUAGGCGUAAAAAGGAGUUUAAAUGUUAGAUAAGGCAAAAUGUAAUAUGAGUUACUAGAAAAUGAUUAGAGGAACACCAUAGAACCAAAAAAGAAACAUUUUGUAACUGCUACGGAAUGCUAUUUGGUAAUAACUAGAGUUGUGCCUUAUUUUUGCCUUAGGCGGAAUACCAGUCGAGCCGGUGACACAUAAAGACCGAAAGUGCCCUAGGCCGAUUCUCAAGAGUCGUAUUCAUAAGUGUACAAGAGCAGAAUGCGCCGUUUUUAUCUAUCUUGUCAUUUUGUUAUCGAUAACCCAUCUUUCUCAAAGCCGCGUGCCAUGGGGUAGUUCUGGGCGAGAAACUUGUCAAGGAAAAUCUGUUGCAACCAGCAAGCAAUCACAGCUUUUUCCAGAAUUAUUGUAUUUAUGAAUAGAAUACGUUCUAGCGGUUUUAGCUUUAUUCUAAAAAAACUGAAUUUUUUAUCGAAAAAAUUUGGAAAAAAUGGCGAUCUUCAAUGUUGAGAUUGAUACCACCGUAGAAAUAAAAACCGUAGCCCAGAAACCUACAUAACUGCUUGCUUAGAGACGUAGUAGUCUAGCAAAACAAAUGAACUUGCCAUUUCUGCGGCUGUAGUACAGCCAUGCUCAACAACACAAAGAAAACCAAAGUUGAGGGCCAAAAAAACGGCGCAAGGCAUUUUUGUUAAGCUGUAACUUUUUACUGCGACAUGAUGACUCCGCCAAAUUUUUGUGGAUUAUAGAGAAAGUCUUAUAGAAUAUUACCCACUGUCGCUUGUGUUUCUAUAACGCCCGGGUUUCGCGGUGGGACCCUUCCAAAAUUUGUCUCCGUUAUUUUGGGUCACCCUGUAAAAAAACGUUUUGUCGGGGAAGAAAUGGGGAAGUUUUGGGGCGAGAGAGUGUGUUUUUGCGCGUCUUUCUCUGUCUUCUCUGCGAAAUCAAGACGAAGUGUAAAAAACCGAUAGCAAAGGGUCUAUUCUGAUCGCCGGACUCCUCAGUUUGACAUGUGACGCUCAGACUUUUUUUAAAGUUUUUGCACACAAUGGGGCAGGGUAUCGACCCCAGCUAUCGAUUCCUGAAUAUUUUAGGUUUCACAAUACUUGUUGAUCUUAUCUUGAGAGUACGCCAAUGAGGAGAGCGGUUCGAGAGGGAAAUCGGGAUGAAGCUCUUCGCGCUAAAAUUCAUAAAAAAUUUCUUCACUUCCAGUACAAUUUCUUUAUUUAUUGUUCUCAUACAACCAUUUCUUUGUUUCAGACCGCCAUCACCACUUCCAAAUAUCUUUUCGAAACAGUUGAAAAUCCCCUUCUCCAAAAUGUCUCGCCCACAAUGAUUGAUAUUUCCAUUCUCACUGCUAGCUACACAACUUCGCUGGUACCCGCCAACAACGCGGUCCACUUCUGGUACCGCUACUGCAUUCUUUGCAAAAGCAACAAGUGGCCUAAAGCCCGUUAUUUCAAGACGUAUGGAGUCUGUGUGGUCUACAUGACACUGGUGUGUGCAAUGUUUUUCGUUUGCCGCGAUCGGCAGUCGGAAGAGAGUGUGAGGAAUAUUUUGGAGAACACCAAGCUCGAUCAUGUUCAGCGGCACAUUUCGAUGAGAUUGGUGGGGUUUUUGACUCGAAAUUUUUUACUAUCAGAAAAAUAAUAGUCGGAAAAAUGUUCAGAACGUCUUAAAAACGAACACUAAACUUCCCAAGAAUUUGUUGCAAAAAUCAAAAAAUUGCGAUUUUUUUCAAAGUUUAUUGCAGGACAAGCCAAUUGUGAUGAUCUGCACGGUUCACUACGGAAUCAUGGUACUGCUUGAAUACGGCAUCAUGUGCUUCUUUGGGUUCAAAAUUAUCCAGAAAAUCCGCGAUCACCACAGCCAUGUAAGGAGCGCCACUCAACAAGCGCAGAAGAACGUGGUAACCGUCAUGAUAUUACAGGUAUGUUGGUAAAAUCAUUGAUAGUAUAUCGGCUUUUAGGCAGCAUAUCCCAUUGUUGUCUCGGUAAUCCCCGGAUUUGGGGUUGCCUGCCUCAUUGUUGCCGGCUAUCACCUCGAACAAGUGGCUUACAUUGCGUCAGCCUUCCUUCAGCUAAUGCCUAUAUUGAGCACGUUGACUGUGCUCUUGUUCUUGCCUUCCUAUCGACGAGUUUUCGUUCAGACAACAAAGUUGUUUGUCGAUUCAAAUGUCACAAUUACGACGACAAUGGACGAAAGGAAGCAGACGAGAAGCUUUCAUGGGGUUUAA